AUGGAUGGCAGUGCAAGAUGUAAAGAAGAGAAGACAUGGGAAGGGAAUAUUGUAACCUCGGUGUGUUCAGCACUUGAAUCCGGCUUAAUGAUGAUCAUCGGCAACGUCGGCCGCGAGCACGAGAACACCAUCAGCGAUUUCAGUUCAAUGUUCGAAAUGCCUUACUUGUCCAUCGCCGAGCCACCGACGCGAGUCAUCCACCACCGACUCAGAGGCUUCACCAACCACUCGUCAUCAUUUUCGCCAUCUUCCUCAUCAUUUCUAUCAUCGUUUCCACCACCAUCAUCAUCGUCGUCGUCGUCAUCCUCUUCCUUCACAAUUUACUUGAGGCCGUCCCUUUCGAGACCCAUUCGGGAUGUUAUCUUGUACUUCCAAUGGGCGAGGAUUUACUACAUAUACGAUCACAUGGAAGGGUUGCAAUAUAUCGGUGGUUAUCCUCAAUUGCAAGGGAUCAUCUCGGAGGUUAUCCUCUAUUGCAAGGGAUCAUCGAGGAAAUUAGUCGGUAAACAUUUAAUAACAGGCUAUUGUGGGGGUUUUCUGCACAUCUUGUUAUAA